GCCGCGCCUCCCCCCGCCCUGCGCGGCAACCACGGAGCUCCUCUGCCAGCGCCGUGGGGAGAGAGCAUCCGGACAGGGGAACCCUGCAGUAGCCAGCCCUGCUCCGGCCGGGCUUCUCGCCCCCUGCACGGUGAAGUUCAUAAGCUUCUAAAAUGUCAUCAGUCAAACACCUAGUAUAUGCCGUCAUCCAUUUCUUGAGAGAACAGAGUCAGCUGGAUACUUUCACUUCAGAUGAACAAGAAAGCUUAGAAGUUGCAAUUCAGUGUUUGGAGACUGUUUUUAAGAUUAGCCUAGAAGAUACGCAUCUUGCAGUGCCACAGCAGUUGACAGAAAUGUUCUCAAAUUCUUUUCACAAGAAUGACAUGUUGCCUCUCUCCGAUUCAUUGCCAGAAGAUAUUGAAAAGGCUGACCAGCUGAAGGAUGAAGGUAAUAAUCACAUGAAAGAAGAAAAUUAUGUUGCUGCAGUGGAUUGUUAUACUCAUGCUAUAGAGCUGGAUCCAAAUAAUGCAGUAUAUUAUUGUAACAGGGCUGCUGCUCACAGCAAGCUCAGCAACUACAAUGAAGCAAUAAAAGACUGUGAGAGCGCAAUAGCAAUAGAUCCAAAAUACAGCAAAGCAUAUGGGAGAAUGGGGUUGGCCCUGACCUCUAUGAACAAAUACCAAGAAGCAAUUACCAGUUACCAAAAAGCACUGGUUCUUGAUCCAGAAAAUGACUCUUACAAGUCAAAUAUGAAAAUAGCUGAACAGAAGCUAAGAGACCUCUCCAGUCCUACUGGAACAGGACUGAGUUUUGACAUGGCAAGCUUGAUAAACAACCCAGCAUUCAUUAGUAUGGCAGCAAGUUUAAUGCAGAAUCCUCAAGUUCAACAACUAAUGUCGGGGAUGAUGUCCAAUGCCAUUGGUGGCCCUGCUGCAGGUGUUGGUGGCCUAACUGAUCUGUCAAGCCUCAUACAUGCGGGACAGCAGUUUGCACAACAGAUACAACAGCAGAAUCCAGAGCUCAUAGAACAACUGAGAAAUCAUGUCCGGAGCAGAUCUUUCAGUGGCAGCACUGAAGAGCAUUCCUGAUUUAAAGGAGGCAUGUGGUUGUAGAACUAGAAAUGUGAAUGGUAUAUAA